GCUCGGCUCUUUCUGGAGGCUUGUAGGAAAAGAAAACAGUCCCUGCAAUGAUUGCUUCCAGUUUUCGAGACUGUGCGGCAUGGAGGGCAGAAGGCCUCCCACUCUCCACCAGCAGUAACCAAGCCUGCAAAUUAUACGAUGCCAUACUCACACAGUAUGUAACAUGGCGUAAUGAUGAGACCCUUGGAGGAAUAGAGGGGUGUAUGGCAGCAGUCCAAGCCGCUGACCCAGACUUUGUGAUGGGUCAUGUGAUCGGCACUGGACUGCAGUUGGUGGGUACAGGCAGUUCAGUGCUGCAGGACCAAACGCUGGCCGGUGCCGUGAGGAAGACGCUGGAUCUGGCCAGCUGCCAGGAGCUCACAGCCCGAGAGAAACAGCACGUCAAAGCCAUCGACCUCUUCUCGAAAGGAGCCUUGGACAAGGCCUGUGAUGUGUGGGAAGAUAUUCUGUUGGAGCACCCCACAGACAUGCUAGCUCUGAAGUUUUCCCAUGAUAGCUUUUUCUAUCUGGGUGAGCAGACUCAGAUGAGAGACUCUGUGGCUAGGGUUCUUCCCCACUGGAAAUCACACAUGCCUCUUUACAGCUAUCUAAAAGGCCUGUAUUCAUUUGGACUUCUUGAAACUCAUUUCUAUGACCAAGCUGAGAAAGUAGCAAAGGAGGGUCUUGCCUUAACUCGUGAGGAUGGCUGGUGUGUCCACUCUGUAGCCCAUGUCCAUGAGAUGAAGGCAGAAAUAGAGAAGGGGCUGAAGUUCAUGGCCUCCACUGAGAAAGACUGGAAGGUGUGUGACAUGUUGGCUUGUCACAACUACUGGCACUGGGCGCUUUAUCACAUUGAGAAGGGAGAAUAUGAAGCAGCACUGAAAAUUUAUGAAGAGGAGGUGUCCCGUCGCUGUGUAAACUCAGGAGCCAUGCUGGACACGGUGGACGCCUGCUCACUGCUCUACAGGCUGGAAAUGGAGGGCGUCAGUGUGAAAGAGCGUUACCGGGAGCUAUUACAGGUGACUGAGCCCCACUCUGAGGACCAUACUCUUCUCUUUAAUGACCUGCACUUCCUUAUGGUGUCUUUGGGCUGCAAGGAAUCAGGAAUCACACAGCGAUUGCUGGAGAGCCUGAGAGAGCUGGCAAAAGAUCCUGAUGAAAACCUUCAACACCAGCUUGCUAGCACUAUAGGGUUACCCAUGUGUCAGGCCCUGGUGGAAUAUGAUGAAGGAAACUACAGUAAGACAGUGGAGCUGCUGAAACCAUUAAGAUACCGCUUCACACAGAUAGGGGGCAGUGAUGCACAGAGGGAUGUUUUCAACCAGCUACUCAUCCAUGCGGCAAUGAAGUCACAAGACAAACACCAUCAAAGAUAUGCCAGGUGCCUGCUGGUUGAAAGAGAUGCAGCGAGACUGAACUCCCCUCUCACUGACCGACUCAUCCAGAGAGCCCACUCUCUACACAUUUAACUGCUGAGUACAUCCACUACAGACCUAUUACUUCAACGACUUCCACUACAACUAAUGCCAAAUCAUCUUACUUAUACGUUUCAUUAUACUCUUGUCAAAUGUUUUUAAUCACCUCAAGUUUCUUGGCUUUUCUUGCACACAGAGCUGUUUGAAUUUUCCAGCAAUAAAAAUCACGGGUUUAUAUUAAUGUUCUAAUCUAUUAGUGUUUCAAUGGUAACUCCUAACACAGGGAAUUGUAUGGUGGAUGCAGCACAUAAAUGGAAUCGAAAAAGUGUGCAUACAUUGAUAUGUCUGCAAGACUUUUAUGUAAUAUUUUUGAAAGAAAAAUAUUAUAUAAAAAUAAUGUGACAAGCUACAUUUUUUUUUGUCUUAUUAACUUUAUAAGAGAAAAAUAAAAGCGAGGUGAUUGAGGGAGUGACUGCUAGUGUUAUACCAUGCAUGUACACUUGCAGUGUAAGUGAUAACAGGAACUGACUUGUUUCAUUGAUGUUCCACAACAUUAAAUGUAACUAUUAACAAAUAUAAUGUAUGACGUAAUUCCUUAAUUAGAAAAAAAAUAAAAAUUGUUAGUGUUGGCAAAUUGCUGUCGUAUAAGAAGUAUAAACCUUUUUGUGCUGUUAUUGGAAAAUAACCUAAAAUGGAGUGGUGUGAUUACCACCACAAAGUUUAUUAUUUUCCAUUAACAGCCUGUUCCAUGUUUUAGGCCUUACUUAAUCAGUAUUAUGGCCACAGACCAAACAAAAUGAUACAGAACAGCAAUUAAAUAAGGAAAACUAAAUCUUUAUGAAACUCACUUCUCAUCUUUAUGAAACUGCUCGCUCUCAGAGCUUAAUAGAACUUUAAAUGGGUGCUUUAUUAAAGGCAGGUGCACUCGGUGGGUAAACCCAA